GAAGGUAUAUAUAUAUAGUGGUUUCAAGAAAAAGAAAGAAAGGAAGAAAAAGAUAGUGAGCCAUGUUGAGGAUUGGAAAGGCUACCCAGUGUGCCACCAGGAUCAGCAUGGGGGCCAGGUCCAAGGGUUCCUGGGUGCCCCUGGAAUCUGCCCCUGAAGUGAUGAACAAGUUUCUCCAUGGGAUUGGAUUGCCUGAGUCUUGGGAACUGGUGGAUGUGCCCAGUUUGGAUGAUGGAGAUGGUGUCCUGCCUCCUGCUGCUGUGGCCUUUGUUUUCCUCCUGCCCAAGAACUUGGUUGUUGAGGAAGAUGGAGGGCAACAGCCCCCAGAAGAGAUGUUCUUCAUGAAGGAAACCUUUGACAAUGCUAGUGGCCCUGUUGCUCUCAUCCAUGCUGUGGUGAACAAACUGGAUGAAGUGGAAUUGGAAGAGGACUCCAUUCUGAGUCAAUUCAUCUCUGGAACUCAAGCCAUGGCUCCAGAGGACAGAGGCAAUGCCUUGCUGGAGAAUGCCGACAUCUUGUCUGCAUUGAAAGCAGCUCAGGACCACCAUCAAGAAGGCAGCGAUAGCAAUGACUCCACCAGCCACAGAUUUGUUGCCAUUGUGAGCAGGGGAGACAUGCUGGUCUGCCUAGAUGGCGCCAGGGAAGCUGGCCCCUGUGUUCAUGACGCCAUCAGUGAUGCGGGUUUCCCGAGUGACGCUGCUGCUCUCUGUCGCAAGUUUGUCGCUGCCGAUCCCGACAACCACGGCUUCUCGGCCUUUGCUCUGAUCAAAAAGUAGAUGACGCUCUCUCUUUGCUGGGUCUAUAGGGUGAUUCUCUCGCUGCAGAUGUUAUAUCCCCAGGAAUACUGAGCAUUUUAAGAUUCUUGCUAGUCAUCUCCGUAACUUGAGUCUGGAUUGCAUUCAAUACGUAAUCUAUUGGAAUCUGCCAUCCUUGGUUCUGUGAUCUUCUAUUUUUGGAUUUCAUUCUUUUUCAAUGCGAAGGAACUAAUUAUAAUGUUGAUUUCUAAUAAUUGAUAUUACUAAUGCAAUAAUGUUCAUCUUUGAUUUUCGUUGUUUCUGGUUAUUGACGAGAAAGAAAAAUUGAGAAUUGUGUUGGAUUUUAAUAAUUGGAUCUAGUAUCGCAUCUUCAGUUAAUUCCAUUUGAUUAUUGUAAUGUGUCCAAUUUUCUUUGAAUGCUGAACAAAAAAACUUCAAAAUGCAACUUAAAUGUAAUGGUUUAAACACAGAAAAUCGUACUGAAACUACCGAUGCGAAAGAGUUGUCCUAUGCCCUAGGGAUAAUUAUCCGUUGUCGUAGAAUGUAGCUAUCCCACGAGUAUUCAAGCUGCCGUUGAGGGGGAAUAGUAUUCGUCUCCUCUCAAGUAUUAGAGCUUUUUUUAUAGUUUCAUUUUCCGUUUCCAACAUCUUGUAAUUAUUCAAGUAUUUUCGAUAACUGGCAGUAUUUAUUUUUGCUUUGUUCCGGUGCUUGUAUGUUCGAUGUUUUAAUUGACUGUUCACUGGGAAAUAUCUGCAAUAAAUUUCUCUUCCUUACAUA